GAGAAGAGUGCUGUCGCCCUAACGACACGGUUUGUGUGUGCAGUUCUAGUGAUUUAAUUGCAACAAAAAAUUUAUUUAUUAACCAAUAAAUAAAUUACACUGUUUAAUAUUGAUCUUUGUGAAUUUUGUGAAAAAUGAAUGGAACAAUGGCUAUGGGGACUCCAAGUCAAAAUAAUGCAGAACCACCAAUGAAGAAAGUACGAGUUGAAGAUGUUACAGCAGGGAGACAGUACAGAAUCUGUGGCCUUCAUCUGAGCUGUGAUCAUGAGCGUGCGCCAAACGAAUGAAAGUGAAACGCUACAAUUCGAACUGAAAUGAAUAUGAGUUUUUUGCAAACUCCUACUGACACAGCAGUAUUAUAUCGAGUACCAAUAAUUCGCUCGAUUUAUUUAUUAGAUAGGCAAUGCUUCGGACUUCUUAUCAGGGCCAAUUUAUGACCUCAAUCAAACGGGUCAAGUCAUUGCGGGACCUGGAGCAAAAUAUCUUACGCUUCCGGGUAUUCUUGGAGCCGGACUGCCGAAAAUUUCAUCUGAACAGCAGGAUGCAGUUAAUAGAGCUAAAAAAUAUGCUAUGGAGCAAAGCAUCAAGAUGGUCUUGAUGAAACAAACUUUAGCUCAUCAACAGCAGCAAAUGGCUAGUCAACGGAAUCAAGUGCAGAGACAGCAGGCUCUCGCCCUCAUGUGCAGAGUUUAUGUUGGAAGCAUUAGCUUUGAGCUGAAAGAGGACACUAUUCGUCAGGCAUUUCUGCCUUUUGGACCAAUAAAAUCUAUCAACAUGUCUUGGGAUCCUAUUACGCAAAAACAUAAAGGAUUUGCAUUUGUUGAAUACGAAAUUCCGGAAGCAGCGCAAUUAGCGCUUGAACAAAUGAAUGGAGUGAUGAUCGGUGGCCGUAACAUCAAGGUGGUAGGAAGACCAUCAAAUAUGCCUCAAGCACAAUCAGUAAUUGAUGAAAUAACAGAAGAAAGCAAGCAUUACAAUCGAAUUUAUAUUGCUUCAAUACAUCAAGACUUAACAGAAGAUGAUAUUAAAUCAGUUUUUGAGGCUUUUGGGCCAAUAACAUAUUGCAAAUUAGCUCAAGGAAGUUCUCCACAUCGUCACAAAGGUUACGGUUUUAUUGAAUAUGAAACAAUGCAAUCUGCACUUGAAGCAAUUGCUUCUAUGAAUUUGUUUGAUCUCGGUGGACAAUAUUUAAGAGUUGGAAGAGCUAUUACACCGCCAAAUGCAUUGAUGGGACCCCCGAGUGGUACAAGUAUGAUGCCAACAGCUGCAGCUGUUGCUGCUGCUGCUGCUACGGCUAAAAUUCAAGCAAUGGACGCUGUUGCAAGUAAUGCUGUUGCUCUUGGUCUCACAAAAUUAGGGGCUGCAGCUUCACCGAUAUUAACUCCUACUUUACCUGGCAUUGUUCGACCCACUGUUGCACCAACGACGAUUAUUCCACCUCCAGCAAUUGCAACUGUUACUCCAGUCAUUCCCCCACCUGGAAUUGCUAUUCCUCAGACACUAACACGACCUCCAGCAAUUAUUCAACCAAUCCCUGGACAACCUGUCAUCAUUCCACCUCCUGCUGUUGUCGCACCUACUGCUGUUGGCACUCCAGUGGUUCCGGUAACUACGGCACCAAUGGUUGAUAUCACUAGACGAGCACAAGAGCAAGCUCAUCAAAAACAACAAGAAGAAUUACAGAAAAAAUUGCUCGAAGAAACUGAACCACAAACUCUUCAGCAACAAGAAAAUAUGUCAAUUAAAGGACAGAGUGCCAGACAUUUAGUCAUGCAAAAAUUGAUGAGAAAAGUCGAAUCUCGUGUUGUUAUCCUUAGAAAUAUGGUUACUCCAAAAGACGUAGAUCAAAGCCUUCAAGAAGAAAUUCAAGAUGAAUGUUCUAAAUUUGGUGUUGUAGAACGAGUUAUUAUUUAUAAUGAACGACAAUCUGAAGAUGAUGAGGAUGCUGAAGUAAUCGUUAAAAUAUUUGUAGUUUUUUCACGAAUGAGUGAGGCCGAACGUGCAAGAGAUUCCUUAAACGGUCGCUACUUCGGUGGUCGACUAGUGAAAGGUGAACUUUAUGAUCAAGCAUUAUUUGAUCAUAGUGAUUACUCAGGUUGAAGAAUUUUUUUUUAUUUCUCUAUUUGUUCUUCAGCGGUUUUUUUUAUUUUUAUGAAAAACUUUAGUGUUUAUUGACGGGUUAUAAAUAGUUACUUUGUAAGAAAAUUGGAAAUAAUGACUUCAACCGUUUUGUUUAUUUCCGAAAUUAAGUGAUGUGGAAUAAUUGUUAGAUUGAUAAUAAUACUCUGUACAAUUCCAGGAACUUCAAAUUUCUGAUAAAGUAGCCUAAUUAGAUAAAUGUAAAUUGUCAAUUAUAUUAAUUUUGCAAAUUUUUAUCUUAAAAUAUUAUUUCUGAGAAUAUCGACUGAAUAAGUGAAGUUUUUCACUUGAUUAUAAUUUAACUUUUAAUUUAAAAUAAAAUUGUUGGUCUUCAAACAAAAACAUUUAAUGUAUUAGUAUAUCACUACUACAAUA